GAGAGCACAGGACGGAAAAUACAACAAGUGAGUGAACUGUUGCUCUGCAAAUAAAGUCGCUCAGCAGCGGGAUUUCCGCCGGGAGAAAGUCUGUAAAAGUAACUCGUCAGAAUGUGUGAUUUUUAAUUGAAGGUGUGCGACGCGACUUUGAAUUGCAUUAUUAUUCAUGUUUUUAUUUUAUUUUUAUUCCGUCCGUGUCGGACUGCUGUGAGCGUUGCUUUCAUCAUUUUGGACGGCGCGGUCCAGCCACAAAGCAGGAGUCCCGUAUGAUAUGCUUCAAGUUUAAAUAUUAGUGUGACUUUGAGUUUGCACCGGAGCGCAACUUCACCCGAUGCGACAGUGAAACCGCUCUGUCUUGGAAGGAUUUCAUUCCGGUCCUGGACCAGUUUUCUUGCGACGUUUCUUAACCUGCAGCAUGGAAAAAACGACAACACUGAGAACCAGGUAGAAAAGAAAGAAAAAGAUUAGAUUCAGGGAUCUCCUGUGAUUCUGUGAUAUAAAGAAUGUUCUCUGCUUCAGCCAAGCUGCCUUUAAAACAAGUUUCCACUUUCAAUGCAAUUUGGCCUGCCCUUUUCUCAGAAUUUGCCCCUUUAUGACCUGUAACAAAUCUGUACUUUGAAUGGAGGAGUAGACUGCUCAGAUAAAUAUAAUCCAGGCUCCAACAACACAGACAGAGAGAGAGAGAGAGAGAGAGAGAGAGAUAGAGAAGGAGAGAGAGAAAGAGAGGUGUGAGCCCAUCAAAACACAGGAAGGGAGAAAAGAGCCGAGAUUUAGCAGUUUCCUCGUACUUCUCUUCUCAUUCCUGGACAGACAAGUAAAGUGCCCUUCCUUAAAUGUGGUGGGUGAGAUGAACUCCAGUGGGAAUACUGUAGACCCCACCUGACAGCUCUCUGCCCGAGCAACUGAAAGCUUUUCACUGGAGCCUCCACAACCACAGAGCUGAAAAAAAAAAAAAAGCAGUUGCCUCCAAUCCAACAUCUCAACGGUGAUUUUAAAUAUUUAUGUUGUUUUUGUCUUGCAAAAUGAUGUAUUAUUGUUAGAUAGGUUGACAGCCCUCUGACAUUGUUAACCAGAGGAAACUGAAAAAUAAAAGGAUACAAAACCAACGUGCUGAACACAAAGAAAUGGAAAACCCUAUUUGUCAUUCUCUCCCCGACUUCUGAUUUUCUCCUGUCUGAGACUUGCCUGUCCCACUCCUAAACUAGUCCCCCAUUUCCUUUCUCUUCCUCAUACAAUCACAUAUUUUCCUCCUCCAUCUUAUCGAUCCAGUUACUUUCUUCAGCUUUCAGCCUGGCCGGCACAACCAUUCCAGCUAAGGGGGAGGAGGACCUCCUCACGCUGGCCGCCUCCCGGCUCAGCCGCAAGAAACGUGUCAUUGGGGCUGGAGUCGGUGUGGCCAUGGUCCUGGUCCUGCUGGUUGCCAUUCCCCUAUUGGUCCACACCACCAAGGCAGGAGGGUCCGGAGGAGGGGGCACGCAUUACGAGAUGCUUGGGAGCUGCAAGAUGGUGUGUGACACUUUCACCCCCCCACAGGGAGAGCUGACAGCUGUCUCACCUCAGCCCCCAGACUUCUCAAACCGCAGGAGCAAACAGGGGUACAGAGGGAGCCCUGGACUUCCUGGACCUCCAGGUCCUAAAGGGCCCCCCGGAGAGCCCGGCAAGCCCGGCCCACCUGGUCCACCAGGACCUGGACCCGGUGGCUACGGCCCAUCCUUCUAUAGUCCCAAAAUCGCCUUCUACGCAGGCCUCCGGAAACAACACGAAGGGAGUGAAAUACUGAAGUUUGAUGACGUGGUGACCAACGUAGGGAACUACUACGAACCGAGCACCGGCAAGUUCACCUGCCCUCUGCCUGGCAUCUACUACUUCACCUACCACGUCCUGAUGAGAGGAGGUGAUGGGACGAGCAUGUGGGCUGACCUGAAGAAGAACGGACAGGUGAGGGCCAGUGCAAUCGCUCAAGAUGCAGACCAGAACUACGACUACGCCUCCAACAGUGUCAUCCUGCACCUGGAUGUGGGGGACGAAGUGUGCGUACAGCUCGAUGGGGGCAAAGUUCACGGCGGAAACACCAACAAAUACAGCACCUUCUCUGGCUUCCUCAUCUACCCUGACUGACAGUAUACUCACAUUUAUAUAGUCUCUUUCUGUAAUCAAGCAAAAAGUGUCCUCUCCUUUCUUCAUCUAACACCACCAUGACUCCAUUAUGUAAUUUGUCAUUUCAACGCUCUUCAGUACACAAAACAUGUAAUAACAUGAUCAUAGUUAACAAAUUUGUGUAAAAAGGAAUAUAGUAUUGUAUAUAUUACCAGUUAGCAAUCUGAUACACACACUUGUGUAAUCAUUAUUCUGUCAUGUACAGUAGGCUAUGUGUAAGUAUGGGUAAAAGUAUGGUAAAAACACCUGAUUCGCAUCUGUUUUUACAUUGACACACACACACACACACAAACACACACACACACACAAAGGCUUGCUCAUAUAAAUUGAACUUCUCCUAUCUGUUGUUACAAUGAGACAAGAUGACCAUUUCAGCCACUGGUUUGAAAUCAACUGAAAUGAUCUCUGAAUGUAGACUGUAAAUCGAAGUGUGUGUACUUGGCUACAGCCUCUCGCCUUUACUGUGAGAUACAUUUCCAAACGAGAAAAGUCAUGAAUAUAUUGAUCGCAGCUGAUAAUACAGCCAACACCAUGAACAGUGUGUUGUGUGUCUAUGUUCAUGCCGGUGUGUGAGCAAACGCGUGUGUUUACCCUUCAGUUUGUGUCGAGGCUUAAAAGCAUCACGUUGCUGUUAGUUUGACUUGCACAGUCCCCGGCUACUGUUAAGGGACAGGCUGUCAAGUUGUCGGUAACAGUCCCUUAACAUACACAGUAUAUUGAUACUGAGGUUUAGCUUUGAGAUUUAACCUGAGCCAGAGCUCAUGGCAGAGCCUCAUCAUGUCCUGAUAAUGAGCUGAGGCUUCCUCUACAGCCUUAUCUGUUCAGUCACCCUCACAUCUGGCAUCCAUAGUUUGCUACAUGACUUUGCUGAAAUAGUUUGACAUUUUGGGAAAUAUGAUUGUUUGCUUUCUUGCCCGAAGUA